AUGAAUAUAUCAUCACUAUAUUCACCUGUAAAAGCGGAGAAUUCAAACACCACAAUAGCAUCAGGCACAACGAGCACCACCGCCAUUUCUCAAGAACGCAAACUUUGGGCUAGCUACCCGUUCAAGCUGAUUUCGGAUACGGGACUAUCCGCGCGUCCUGACGUUUCGCGCGAUCAUUACGUGAUUAAAUUCACCAAGGAUAUGGCACUUAUACAUAAUAUAGUACUGCGAGGACUCAAUGCAUCUUAUAACCAGUGUCUGGCAGUGGCCCCUAAUACGCCAGCUGCGCGGGACUUUCUCAUCUUUAAUCAAUGUGUGUUUGAGAUGCUCAAAUCGCAUCACGACAUGGAAGAGGAUCACCUGUUUCCCGCGCUCGAAAAUGCUCUCGGACAGCCGGGAGCUAUGGCAGACAACGUGCGCGAGCAUCAUGACUUCCAUGACGGCCUCGUGCGUUUCCACGACUAUGUAUUUCUGACUGAGCCCAGUAACUACGACGGGUCGACGCUCCUCGCCAUUUUAAAGUCAUUCGGUUCUUUAGUGGAAAAGCAUUUGCACAACGAGAUUGCACCACUAUACGACCUUCACAUAAUCGAAAGUGACACGCUCAGGGCGCUCUGGAACGGCGUUGAGAAGCACUAUCAACCAAACUUUGAUAAAUACCGGCACAUCCCACUAGCAAUGACCUGCGCCGACAAUGCUUUUGAAAUAGAUGGCCAAGUAUCGCCGUUCCCACCUCUUCCUACUUUUGCGGCAUAUAUAGUCAAGUUUCUAUGGGGUCGUAAAUUUUCCGGCGCUUGGGACUUUGCACCGUCUUACUUUAAUGGGCAGCUACGUGUGCAGCAUGAGUGA